UCAGUAGUUUGCGGCCCGGGAGCCCCGCGGAGCUUUCAGUUACCUCCCUGGCUCUCCGGCGGGAUCAGCCUCCUGGCCCCGCCAAACACGGGCGGGGAGCGGCCCCGACUGCGGGGCCAUGGCAGUAGCCUUCUCGUCUUCCGCCGCCACUAGCCCCACGGAGUCGCCGGCUUCUGCGCGAGGGACCCCCACUGCCUCUGCAGGCUGAAGAGCCGCUGCCGCCACGGUGCUGUGAGGGCUACUAUGGUCUCUUUUUGCCGCGACCUCCCCCUCCCGCUCGCGCAGGGACCCCUCUGGCUGCCCUGUCCCGCUUCAGUGUCAAACCAGAACAGAAAUAAAACUCAACAAGUAAUUACUAUGUGUGAAGUUCCUUCUUAAAAGAAGAAGAAAAGUGAUUGGACUAUGGAUCGGAGCAAACGGAACUCAAUUGCAGGAUUUCCUCCACGUGUGGAGCGUCUUGAAGAUUUUGAAGGAGGAGGUGGAGGGGAUGGGAAUGUGACCCAGGUGGGAAGAGUUUGGCCAUCUUCAUAUCGAGCUCUUAUAAGUGCCUUUUCCAGACUGACACGUUUGGAUGACUUCACUUGUGAGAAAAUAGGGUCUGGCUUUUUCUCUGAAGUGUUCAAGGUACGCCACCGAGCUUCUGGCCAGGUGAUGGCUUUGAAGAUGAACACGUUGAGCAGUAACCGGGCAAACAUGCUGAAGGAAGUACAGCUCAUGAAUAGACUCUCCCAUCCCAAUAUCCUUAGGUUCAUGGGUGUAUGUGUACAUCAAGGACAGUUACAUGCACUUACAGAGUAUAUCAAUUCUGGGAACCUGGAACAGUUACUAGACAGUAACCUGCAUUUGCCCUGGACUGUGAGGGUGAAACUAGCCUAUGACAUAGCAGUGGGCCUCAGCUACCUUCACUUCAAAGGCAUUUUCCAUCGGGACCUCACAUCUAAGAAUUGCCUGAUAAAGAGGGAUGAGAAUGGUUACUCUGCAGUGGUGGCCGACUUUGGCCUGGCUGAGAAGAUCCCUGAUAUCAGCACGGGGAGUGAGAAGCUAGCCGUGGUGGGCUCACCCUUCUGGAUGGCACCUGAGGUUCUUCGAGAUGAUCCCUACAAUGAGAAGGCGGACGUGUUUUCUUAUGGCAUCAUCCUCUGUGAAAUCAUUGCCCGCAUCCAGGCUGAUCCGGACUAUCUUCCUCGCACAGAGAACUUUGGGCUGGACUAUGACGCUUUCCAGCACAUGGUGGGAGACUGUCCCCCGGAUUUCCUGCAGCUCACCUUCAACUGCUGUAAUAUGGACCCCAAACUGCGUCCAUCCUUUGUGGAAAUUGGGAGGACCCUGGAGGAAAUUCUGAGCCGCCUACAGGAGGAGGAGCUGGAGCAGGACAGGAAGGUGCAGCCCACAGCCAAGGGUCUCGUGGAGAAAGGACCUGAGGUAAAGCAACUGAGCUUAAUGGAUGACAAGAUCUCCAAGUCUCCACGCCCAAGACGAACUAUCUUGUUGUCUCGAAGCCAGUCAGACAUCUUUUCCCGUAAGCCUCCACGUACAGUGAGCGUCUUGGACCCCUACUAUCAGCCACAACGAGGUGCUGCUGUCCGUACCCCCAAGGUCAACCCUUUCAGUGCUCGCCAGGACCUCAAAGGUGGCAAGAUCAAGUUCUUUGACCUGCCUAGCAAGUCUGUCAUCUCCCUCGUAUUUGACUUAGAUGCACCAGGGCCUGGAACUGUGCCCUUGGCUGACUGGCAGGAACCUCUGGCUCCACCUGCUCGUCGGUGGCGUUCUUUGCCUGGUUCACCUGAGUUCUUGCAUCAAGAGGCCUGUCCAUUCCUGGGCCGAGAGGAGUCUCUAUCUGAUGGGCCCCCACCACGACUCAGUAGUCUCAAGUACAGAGUAAGAGAGAUCCCACCAUUCCGGGCAUCUGCCCUACCAGCUGCUCCAGCACAUGAGGCCAUGGACUGCUCCGGUUCGCAAGAAGAGAACGGUUUUGGGCCAAGGACCCUAGUGGCCAAUCCAAGCCCUGAGAAGAUGGAAGUUGAAGAAAGGCCAAGAGGCUUGGCCCCAGUUCCCUUCUCCACCUCAGAUACAGGCCAGCAAACCCAUGGAGAGCAGGAUGGGUGAGGGGGUAAGUCCCCUGCUCACCUUGGGGAUGGACCUUUAUCUAAAGCCAUAGGCCCCUUUGGUGCACAGCCUUGAUUUUUCCCUGGAGCCCAUAGAGCAAACAGGCUAGGCCAGGCCAAGCCCAACUAUAGGGCCCUCAAUGCCUAAUGGCUGUAUAUGAGAGGAGCAGUAGCAGUGAGAGGCCUUGCUAGUUACGGCCAACAGCUGAUACCAAGCUUCUGAAAUCCAGCAAGGAGCUCUAGCUUCCACAUGAUCCCCCAACGCAUUUCCCCAGACAGCACCAGAGGAUUCCUUCUUGUUCUAGGUUAAGUGGCAGGCAGUUAUUACCCCCAGGUUCCUCUUCCUGCCCAGGUCUGUUUCUUGUCCUUUCCUGGGGCAUAUAAGCUAGUAGAUAGAACCUGGAACUGACCAGGAGGCCAUAAAGAGCAUGGCUGUUUCUCAGAGCUGAAGACUGGGGUGCUUCUUGCCAGUAUGUCUAAGACACUUGAAUAAUUGCUGUUUGCACUUACUGCACAGUCAGACCACAUCACUACAUUUCUAUGCAGGGGGAAGGCAAGGCAAUGUGUAGUGGUCAUGGCUCUUAGCUAACCUAUUCAAAGACCUUUUCCAAUUGAUUAAUCUAUUUUCCUAUUUAUGAAGGAGUCUUAAUGUUCUGCCCUUAGGACUUUCAACCUUAUGGUUGGGAGUGGGCUAGUUUUGUAGGCCUUAGGGCCUGCUUUGUGCAUUUGUCAACAUGUGAUACACUGACUGUUUAAGUGGUUUAUACAUGGACUGAUUUUUCUUCCCUUCCUGCUAAGGCUGGAGGUAUGGAAAUAGUCUGUCCUUACAGAGCCGCAAUAAGAAAUAACCAAAGAUGAAGCUGGUCAGAUAUUUUCAUAACUUGUUUCUGUUUUUUUUUUUUUAAAACUUUCCCAAGACACUUUCAGAUUUAAAAAUAAAGAUGGUGUUACAGGUG